CAAAUUUUUAUUAAAGCCACGAGGUUGCAUACAUUAUCCUCAUAUCAUAGCAUCUAUUUUCUUUCUUCUAUUAUUACAUAUUUAGUUUCUUCUCAAAAAUGGUGCUAGCUGGUAAGCUUAGCACUGAACUUGGUAUCAAAACACCCGCUGAUAAGUUUUACAAACUAUUUGCAUCAGAACUUCACGAAGUGCAAGUCCAUUGUGAAAGAGUUCAUCAUACCAAACUUCAUGAAGGUGAAGAUUGGCAUGACACUGAUACAGUUAAACACUGGACUUAUGUCAUAGGUGGUGAGGUACACACAUGUUAUGAGAGUAUUGAAGAAGUUGAUGAAAAGAACAAAAAGAACACAUGGAAGCUGUUUGGUGGAGAAAUAGAUAAGCACUAUAAGGCCUUUAAGCUCACUCUUGAAGUAGUUGAUAAGGCUGAUGGCACUGCUGUUGCUAAAUGGACUGUUGAAUAUGAGAAAAUCAAUGAGGAUAUUCAUCCUCCAAAUGGAUGGAUGGACUAUCUUAACCAAUGCACUAGAGAUAUUGAUGGUCAUCUUAUCAAAAGAGAAAACGUUGCUAUAUGAGUCAUUCAGGCAUUAUAGUAAUUAAAUAAAGAGAGUGUUUAAUUAUUAUUAGCGUGAUGUUUGUAAUGACAUGCAUGUAACCUAUAUAAGCAUGCAUGUUUACUUCUCUUGAUGCUUCCUUUGUAUGGAAUAAAUGUGUCGGUCAUGUCAUGAUGAAUGGGUCUUAUUAUAUUAUUGUUGUAAUGCAAAUUAAAUAUUUCUGAAUUAUAUAA